GGCCCGAGUCAAUUCACUGAAUUAACCAAACUGCCCCUCAGCUUUUCCUUCACCUUCUUCUCCCGGACGGCGCUCCUCUGUCAUAAAUCAUAACCACCCCAUUUUCCCAAAUGGAAAAACCCUAGUUAACCCCUUCUCCUCCACUCUCCCCCGCCCCAAGAAACCUCUACAGAAUUCGGUCAAAACCAUCAUGGCUUCCUCUGCGCUCCGAUCUCGCAUUGUCUCCAUCACUUCGCGAUACAAAGCUGCUCCUGUUCCCCGCCGAUCUUUCAGCGCCGACGCCGCCCCUUCCAAUCUCAACAAAGAAUCCAUCAUUCACGAUCACGUCCCGGCUGCUGCUGCGGCGGCGGUUGGGUCGGCGGAGCCCGUCGCCGAGGCGGCAGCCGCAGCUGAGAAAGGUCCACAAAGCUUAGGAUGGAAGUUGUUCAAGUACGGUCUGAUUGGGACUCUCACCGGUGCUACAGCGUACACUGGCUACGUGACUUACGCAUAUCCAUUGGAGGAAGUGGAGGCGCGGGUGAAGGCACUGCGGGAAUCAGCCAACUCAACUCGUAGCGAUGAGGCCUCUGGCCAGGAGAAAUCUACAAAUGCCCUCUACUCUGCUGCAAUGACUGUUCCCAUUAAAGCAGCUGAACUUUACUUGGAUCUCCGUACAACAUUGGAGGAGCAUGUUAAAGGCUUUACUGAGCCAACGUCCGAUAAGCUUCUACCUGAUUUGCACCCAGCUGAACAACAUGUUUUCACUCUUGUUUUAGAUCUCAACGAGACUAUAAUCUACAGUGAUUGGACCCGUGAAAGAGGUUGGAGGACAUUCAAAAGACCUGGAGUUGAUGACUUCUUGCAACAUCUUGCAAAGUUUUAUGAAAUAGUCAUAUACUCUGAUCAGCUCAGCAUGUAUGUUGAUCCUGUGGUUGAAAGGUUGGAUACAAACCAUUGUAUAAGAUACAGGCUAUCAAGAGGUGCAACCAAAUAUCAGGAUGGGAAACAUUACCGGGACUUUUCCAAACUCAAUAGAGACCCUCGUAAGAUAAUAUAUGUGAGUGGCCAUGCAUUUGAAAGCAGCCUUCAGCCAGAGAACUCUGUGCCAAUUAAGCCAUUCAAGAUGUCCGAGACAGGCGAACAAGAGCCACUGGAUACAGCACUUUUGGAUCUCAUCCCUUUCCUUGAAUAUGUGGCUCGCAACAGUCCGCCUGAUAUUAGAGCUGUUCUGUCAACCUAUGAAAGGAAGGACAUAGCCAAAGAGUUCCUCGAGCGCUCCAAAGAUUAUCAAAGGCGAGUGCAGCAACAGAAGCGGGGUUUCUGGCGAUGAUAAUCUGUAAAGUAGACGGGAGGGAAUGAAAUAGAAGUCAAAACAUGACCUGGUUCACCUUAGACUUUGAGAGCUGGAUGAAGUCCCUUUUUCUCUGCAUUGUGCAAUCAUUUGAUCUGGAGGGGAGUGCCCAUUUUGUGGUUCUAGAUGUUUGGGUUACCAUAUUUUUUGACAGCACGUGAUUGGUAUAAAUGAGGGAUACGUUGAUCUAGCCUGUCAGGAAUGCACUAGUAGUACUGGUAGUAAUCCUGGGAGAGUCGAUACUUGACAGCCGAUUGAAGCCUGCAGUUGCCGGAUGUUCUGUUCGGUGAUGAAAACACUCCUGAUUUGCAGUCCCGGAGCACUCUAGGCUGAGAUCAAAUUGAAGCACAGAGCCGAUAUGAAACAGCGGAGGCUUUAUGUUUGUUUGUUUCUCCGUAAAUUUGAUGAAGUAUCUGACGUUCCGUCGUUUGAAAGAUAUAAUCGUGUACAUGUUUUGCCUGGUGUUGCUUUGCUUAGCGUGGCAGCUGAGCGACAUUGAUGGUAGUAGCAGCUGCACUUCUCAGUUCUCACUAACGGCAGCACCGAAAAAGGCACUAGCUUGAGCUUCACGGCCACGCCAUCACUCCCAAUGCCAAGCAGUUCUUCUUGGACAUUAGCUCUGCGGACUGCCGGACUGGACCCAUCUCUCAGUUCCAAUUUUGCAAGUUGUUGGCCUUAACUUUCCUGGCGGGAGGAUACCUGGGUCCAUGUAUUUCCCAUCGGCCAUCAAUAAUGUGAGA